GAGAUUAUCAGGUGAUGACAUAAGUGGGCUGAAAGAGAAAAGAGUCUUAAGAUUUGUCAUGACCUUCUGGAAAAAAAGAACACCAAUGGAGGUUUCAUUUUAAAAUCUCAGUUAAUUAGCUGGCUUCUGCAAUGUACUAAGAUUGACCUGAGUCCCACUGUAAUCUGAAUCUGUGAAAACCUGAAAACUAAUGCAAGUCCUGCUAUUCUGUUUUAAAACUAGCUCCAAGACAUAAGAAAGAAUGAAAUAGAAUGACUGGAAUUGAUAAUAUUUAAACUAAUAUAGUAUGGAACAUUAAGGUGAAGUCUUAUUUUAUUGUCAGUACAUUUUUUAGCUAGGGAAGGUUACUCAAUGGAGUUAAGAUUUACAUUAUAGUUAAUUAUAAAAGUCCUGCAGUUGAUAAACCUUUAGCUUUUAGCUAAUUGAAACAAUUUAAGGAGAGGCAGUGCAUGGAACAAAUUUACUUACGGCAGCAUGCAGAAUUCUCAUUGCUAAUUAGCAAGAUUCAAGACAAUGCCUUUCAGACACAAAAAUACAAGACGAAUUGAAGGCCUUGAUAGCAAUGUGUGGGUUGAAUUUACAAAAGUGGCGGCAGAUCCCUCAAUUGUUAAUCUCGGUCAAGGCCUUCCUGAUAUAUCCCCUCCCAGCUAUGUCAAAGAGGAGCUGGCAAAGGCAGCAGCAGUUGACAGACUGAACCAGUACACCCGAGGCUUUGGACAUCCAUCACUGGUGAAAGUGUUGUCUCAAGUCUAUGAGAAAGUUUGUGGAAGAAAGAUUGAUCCUCUCACAGAUAUCCUGGUGACUGUGGGAGCUUAUGGAUCUCUCUUUAGUACAAUACAGGCACUAAUUGAAGAGGGUGAUGAAGUAAUAAUAAUAGAGCCGUUUUAUGACUGUUAUGAACCAAUGGUAAAGAUGGCAGGUGCAAAACCUGUUUUUAUCCCACUAAGAUGUAAAAAUGAUGGAGACUCUGCAUCUAGUGCUGAUUGGGUCUUAGAUCCUGAUGAACUUGCAAACAAAUUUAACUCCAAAACAAAAGCAAUUAUUCUGAAUACCCCACACAACCCGAUAGGCAAGGUUUUUACCCGAGAAGAACUCCAAGUGAUCGCUGAUCUCUGUAUUAAACAUGACACCCUGUGCAUCAGUGAUGAGGUGUAUGAAUGGCUGGUGUAUAAACGGAAUAAACACAUUAAAAUAGCUACGUUGCCAGGUAUGUGGGAAAGAACAGUAACUAUAGGAAGUGCUGGGAAAACAUACAGUGUAACUGGCUGGAAGCUUGGCUGGUCCAUUGGUCCUGAGCACCUGAUAAAGCAUUUGCAAGUUGUUCACCAGAAUACACUAUAUACUUGCCCAACUCCAUUACAGGAGGCUUUGGCACAAGCAUUUUGGAUAGACUAUAGGCGCAUGGAUCACCCAGACUGCUAUUUUUACUCCCUGUCUCGAGAGCUGGAAAGCAAGCGUGAUCGGAUGGCUCAGCUACUGACAGAGGCUGGACUAAAGCCUGUCAUUCCAGAUGGAGGAUACUUUAUGAUUGUUGAUGUUUCCACACUAAAUGUGGAUCUCUCUAAUGUAGAUGAGAAACAACCUUACGAUUAUAAAUUUGUCAAAUGGAUGAUAGCAUCUAAGAAGCUGUCAGCAAUUCCUCUUUCAGCAUUCUGUGGUCCUGAGACAAAGAAACAGUUUGAAAAAUACAUACGUUUUUGCUUCAUUAAGAAAGACAGCACACUAGAUGCAGCUGAAGUCAUCCUGAAGAACUGGAAUAAACAGACAGGCUGAUUUUUCUUAUUAAGUCUUCCAUAUGGUAUAACUAUCUAAUGGUAGGGUUUUUUAAAUUGGAAAUUUAGGAAAAAUUUACCUAAUAUAGUGCAGAAAUAAUAAUGACAUUGUAAAUAACUUUUUGCUGCUACCUGCUGAGGAGUUAAAACAAUGAUUUAGUGAAAUAUGUGUAAAGCAACUCAGAGGUUAUUUUCAGUCUUAAAAAUAAAUUGCUUUUCUCUUAAAGAAA